AUGACAAUUAAGUUUGAAACAUUAACUCCCACCAAACAUUCCAUCAUGAAAACCAAACAGGUUAAAGAGGAGUUGGAUAAGAGUAUAGAUGAAGAAACUGUAGUAGAGCCCAAGACUAGAGCCCGGAAGAAGGCUUCAGACUUCAACGAGGAAGAAAAGAACAAGUCGGCCCAAGAUGAUCCCAAAACUUCCAAAGACACUAAGAAACCUGGACCCAAACCAAAAGCAGUGGUCAAGAAGAGACCUCUAGGAAUCAGAAAGACGAAAUCUUUAAGGGGCAAGAAAAUUCCACCUGUAAAGAAAAAUGUCAUAAAGAAAACCAUUACUAGGAGUAGAAAGGCUACGAAGGCUUUAAACUCACAAGAUAAGGAAACCGUCCCUUUGAUACCUGCGGCUGAAAUAAAAAAGGAGCCACUGGACGAGCCCGCUCCUAGUUCCAGGUCUUCCAGUCCCCGAACAGCUGGCCGAAGAGUGAGGCUAAGUUCUGAUAUGGUCAUGAUGAAAUCGGUCCUGGGAGAUUCACCUACACCUUUAGUCCUUGGGCCUCGGACCAGUCCGUACUCUAUGCGCUCAGAACGAAGUAAUAGUCCCUCCCUUUUUGAAGGAAAGAACUUGAGGAGUGGGAAGCCUAGAAAAGUCAAAAGUAAUCUCUUAAAUGAGGUUGUUUUGAAAGAACAGAAGAAGAAACGUUUACUUUCAGACUCCAAAACUGCAGACACUCCUGAAACUUCAGAGGUUUCGAAAAAAUUAAAAAGGGGGCGCUCCUGCUCCAGGGAUGGCAGUGAAAUCUCUAAAUGCUCAGAUAUAACAGAAUCGGACGUCAGCCUCAGUGAACCACUCAUUGAUGGUGAAAGCAAGGAGCUCAGCAAAAACUUAGAUAAAACUAAGACUGACCUAGAUAUAGAUAUUGAAAAUAGUGUACAGAUCUCUCCUAUUGGAAAAGUGCCUUCUCUUAGUGUUGACUCGAAAUUAACUGAAACCAAACCUUAUACAGAGCCUAGUUCUAUGUUAAAAGAGAAAAACAAAAAGAAAUUGAGCUUAAAACGAAGUACUUCAUUAGAUUCAGACAACAAUAACAGUAAUAGGAUUAAGUUAGAAAAUAUAAAUGUAUCAGACCUAGAAGACAAAUAUUUGCUGAAGACUGAAAAUGAUGCGCUUAUAGAAGAACGUAGUAGUAUAUUGACUAGUAUGUCCAAGACAUUUAACUCGAAGGAAGUAACUAAAAAUAUUAGAAAGGCAAGGAGGGAGGGAGGAAGGGGAAAGAAGGCUGCAACUACAUCCAAGCCCAUCAAUCAAGCAACCAAAAAUGGUAUCACCAGCACUAUAACCAAUGACUUAGUAGAGGACAAACAAGAAACAGUUGACUCUUUAUCAAAAGAAAUUAGUGAUCUCAUAAAUGAUUUAGACCAGAAUAUAGAUCGCGAUCAAGAAAUGGCUAAUGAUGCAAAUAUUGAUCAAUUGCAAACAAAGUCAGCAAAGCAGUUUUAUGGAAUUUCCAAGCCCCUAGGUGACAAUAAUAGCAUUAUUGCGCCUGAAACACCAAUAAAAGACACAAUUUCAGCUCUAACCAAUGAAUGUACUCCUUCAAAAAUUGACGAUAGUGAGAAUAUCAGACUUCAUUAUGAAGAUGAUUCUGCUGAAAAAUGCCCUGAAAACAGACCAGAGUUAUAUAAAUGCAAUCCUACUGUAGCAAGCAUAGACAAACUUAUGGAUAGACUGAAAGUGUUUGAAGAAUUUGAUAAGAGAAGACAGAGACAAGAGUCAGAAUGUAAAACAAAUGAGAGUAAAUCUGUCAUGGUGACUGAUGAUGUUGUUUUAAUACAAAAAUCGGGAGCCGAAUUCAAACCUUUAAAAGACUUACAACCGGUAAGAUCUCCAGAGAGAGUUAUUGAAAAAGAAAAUGUCUUGAGUUGCUUUGAAAAUAACUCUGCAAUAUCAAUAGUCAAGAGGGAUCAAGUAAGAAGAUCAAUAGACAUAGAUCUUCCAAAUUCUGUUACUUUAAUUAAAAGAAAUAGUGUUAGUGCAAGAAAGGAAUCCACAAGCUCAAACCAUUCAAAAGAAUCUGAUGCUAUCAGUAUAUUUGAGAAAUCAUUGGGCAAGGAUGUAACGUUGACUGAAAUAAGGAAGUCAGUGGAUAAGUCUGCACCAGUGCAGCAAAUAGAUCUCCAUCAAUUUGCAACUCUUCAUCCCAAUAACACAAGUCAGACUUUCAGUGUUAUAGAUACAAGUCAAAUAUCAAUUACAUCAAGAACCAUUGAAAGUAAAAUAAACAGUAAUGAAGUUCAAAUUACUAAAAGAAAAUCCAGUGGAAAUAUCUCACGCAAAUCAUCCGAAUCAAGUAUGGAAACUGAAGAGAAGAAUAUCAAAAUUGAAAAAAUGAUGUCACCUCCACACCAAAUUAAAUCACCCCCACCACACAAAAUUAAAUCUCCACCUCCCCAAAUUAAAUCUCAAGCAAUUUCUAUAACACCUACGCCUGUGGCGAUUAAAUCGCCAGAAGCUACGCAACCAAUGGAGGCUGAUCCAGUCGCGCCAUCUUUAGAAGAAGUUAAACCUGUUCCUGACGAUACACCCUUGACCUCUGAGGUCCCAAAACUGAUUAGCAUGACAGAUUCUACAAAGUUUGAAUCCUCAAAUAUUGAAUCUACAAAAAUCGAGUCUACAAAAAUAGAUUCAACAAAAUUAGAUUCUACAAAAACAGAUGCUACGAAAAAAGAACCUAUAAUAAUAGAACCCACAAAAACAGAACCUACAAAAAUUGAAUCUGCAAAAACUGAGACACUAAUUGUACCAACAACUAUUGAAACUGAACCAAUAACUGAAAUUCAACCAGUAGUUGAAGGAGCAAAUAUUGAAGUCAUUCCUGAAAAUAAAAUUGAGCAUGAAGUUAAAAAGGAUGAGACAGUAGAACCAAUGGAAAUUACAACAGAAGUCCUUAAAGAAAAAACGGAAAUUAAAGAAGUUAAGGAUUCUACAGAAAUCAAAGAUAUUAAAGAAAUUAAGGAAGCUGAUGAUAAAAAAGGGAAAAUUGAAACAAAAGUUAAAGUUCCCAAAGUGAAAUCGGCGCGUAAUUCAACAGAAAACCAACCUGGGCCCAGCAAUGUCUUACUUGAGACUCCUGAAAGUCAAAAACGCAAGGAAAACGUGCUGAGAACAUUAGGAUUACUUACCCAUAAAGCAGCCAAUGAGGCGAAAAUAGAGAAAAUGAAGGAGAAAGAGCGCAUUUAUGGAUCUAAUUACAGUGGUGUAAUAGGUAAACCUAAAGCAGGGAAAUCUGAUUACACUGGUACUCUGAAAACGGUCAUCAAGUUGAGCCGUGGUGCUGGAGACAGAGAUAAGAAGAAGUUCAGGAGUUCGUUGAAGAUGACCUUCCAGAAGAGCAAGAGUAGAUCGGGCAAGCCGCCACAGGAGUUUGGAGAAGCUGGCAGUGAGGACGACGCCUUCUACACCAUUGAAAGACGAGAAGGCGGCGCGCCGGCGGCACCUGACGGUGGGCACAGAAAGUCUCAUUACAGUAAUCGGCUUAACAACCAUGAGGCUGAAACAGUUCCUGAACCAGAGCCCAAGGAGACCUUGAACCUGGUGAUCCCGGAGAAGGCUUCCUCCUUCAGCAUUCACCCCGGAAGGCUGUGUAUGGACCAAUGCUUCUACUGCGGCGGCAAGUUCGGCCUCUUUGAUACCCCGUGUCACAUCGCCCAGAUGAAGAGCGGCGAGAGACAACGGAAGGUUCUAGACAAUGAGGAGAAACUGACCAUAGACAGCUGCCUGUGCGACGCGUGCUACCGGCACGUGGACCGGCGCGCCAACUGCCCGUCGUACCGCAAGCGGCCCGUCGCCAAACCGCCCGACAUGCCGCUCGCUCAGGCGAGAGAGCCCUCCCCGCCGCCCGUUUGCCCAGAGACCGUGAUCAGCCCCCCGCUGGAGGAUGAAAGCGAGGAGGAGACUCCCGCGACCACCCCCGGCAGACUGUCCACCUGCCACACCAGCGGGUGUGUGACCAUCGCCGACCACUCCAUACGCAGGAAGUGGCUCAUCAAGAUGAGGUCAAACGUCAAUAAGAUUCUGAAGCUGAAGGGCGACUACCCCGGACUGCACACGAUCCCGCUGUGCGCGGAGCACCACCGAGCGCUCGCGCCGCUCAUGGCGUGCGUGCUGUGCCGCUGCCGGCUCACCAAGCACCACAACCUGCACUUCAUCAACCACGGUUACACGGAUCUCAAUCCACUGCUGAAAGAGGCUGGCAUCCCGGUACAGUUCCUGGACAGGCCCGUGCUGUGCAAGGUGUGUCGCUACUUCUGCACGCUGCUGCAGCGCCCCGGACACAAGGACAAACAUGCACGAGCGUACACACGCAAACUUCUCCAAAUCUACGAUAUAGAAAUCCCACCUGAACUUAACCAAGACGCUGAUGACAGUAAAGACUUAGAAGAUUGUAACACUAGUGCUAACAAACAAAAGAAAAAGGCACGCACGAAAUCCAAACAGAGAAAGUCAACAGAACCGGAAAAACAGGAAUCAUACAGUGAAUCUUCAGAAAGAACCACAGAAAGUUCCCCUGAGAAAGAAAAGCCAAAGGAAGAAAUGGUUGAUGAACCGAAACCAUUAGAGGAGGAUAUCGAAAGCCUAAUAUCGUCUAAUAAAAUACCAGUUCCAGGAGCGAAACCUACGGAAAGCAAUCCACCAAGCGACGCUUCGGAACCAGACAUUGGGCCAGAGCUGGAAUCCACACUAGUUCCCAUAGACAAACAAACAGAAUUACGAUAUCUCCUACAAAAACAGAAUAAUCCAGCACAAUUCCAACACAAUCCUAAUUUGACACAAAAACAGAAAAAUCUUCUAAAAAUGCACAAUCUAGGUAUCCAAAAACCUGGUCAGCUGCAUAGAAUAAAUGAUAAAAAUGCUAAGCGAGUCCAGAAACUCGGACAAAUAUUCGUGCAUAAAGAAAAACAAGCUAAAAAAGAUCUUCUGGAUAUAGAAAUGUUUGACACAGAAAAAGCAAAGGAGAUGAGCGUUUUCAAAAAUAUAACUCUAAACGACGAAUGUACCAUAGAGACUAUACCAAAUAAAAGACCCGCUGACAUAAACUUGCUCAAAAACAAAUGGCAAAUGUCCGAAAGCUUCACACAAGUAAAGAGAAACAUUAGUGAACUUUCAAAGAAGACCACCGUUGAGAAGGAUCCAAAGAAAAAUGCAGAUGCAAAAUACUCUAAUCCUGUUAAAAGAUUAGAAACAAAUCCAUCAAUAUCAGUCAGAGAAUUAUUCCCUGGAGAAGAGGAAAUGAAUUUACAUUGUAAUGUAGAGUUUAAUAAUAUCAAAGGUGUGACCCCAGAGGGCUGGGAGAAAUGCAACACUAUGAUACAAUACGACGUAGAAACUAAGAGAUUAUGGAACGAGCUGCAAAGGCCGUAUGGAAAUCAAUCAAGUUUCCUGAGACAUUUGAUUUUACUAGAGAAGUAUUUUAGAAAUGGCGAUCUGGUGUUAUCCCAUAAUGCGUCUCCUCACGCGGCUAAUUACAGCACAUCAGUACAAAGUAGGUUACGAGCGUACGACAACGUGCCAUCGGAACCGAGGAAAGAAUCCGUCAGUUUAAUAGAAUUCCGUAAAAAACCGUCAAUGAACGGUAAAAGUUUGCUCAAAUCCAAUCAGAAUUCUGACGAAAAGGACCGUAAGAAGUUUAUGCCUCCUCCGCUUCCUAAACCAAAAUCCAAAAGUGAUAAGAAAAAUAAGCCUUUACCGCCCGAACUGAUAGCUAUCAAUACUCCGAAUGCACAAGGGCGGAAAGCUAUACAGAAUGUGUUACAUAAUAUACAACAGUUAGUGAAAGGGGUCUCUGCGUCCGAUCCAACUGAGGUCGCCGCGGCACCUUUGCCGCCGCCAAAGUUUGAUCCACCGAAGGAAAAGAAGGAAAUGCCCGGACUGAUAAAAGAAAAAGAGAAAUCGGAGACCCCCAAAGAAAAAAAGGAACAUAAAGCGGACACACCAAAAAAGCAGAAGACUAACAAGGGAUGGAGACCCACAUUGAUGCCUAUCACACCAGAAAUCCUCGCAAAAGUCGCCCGCGAAACGCCCAAAGUAGCUGUCGACGGUCACAGCUUGCCCAGCUUAGUGCAAGUGUUGUCCGCAGGCACUCGCUAUCAUAUCACCUUCGAGGAUUACAACCGGAUGUGCCUCAUCCGUCGAGAGAGGCAAAAGAGGCUGCAAGACCGACAAGCAAAAACUAAAACACCCUCUAUCGACGAGACUAUAGUCACUGAAAUACAACCAUCAACUUUACUCGGUAACGGAGGCACAGUGUUGCAAAAUAUCUCCACAGAAAGAGAUACGGAUAAAAAAGACAUGCCAGAAAUGCAAAUUGGGACAAACGCUGCAACGAUACUCAAAAACGUUGGGCUGAAAAACAUCACCAUAGCACCGAUACCGGCCAAAACUGCAACGGUGACAUCACAGACCUUCACUCCGUCUAUAACCUCACCGUUGUUAGUUACAACACCGAUCAAAAUACCACAAUUGGGACCGUCGGUUUCAAUUACAAGUGAAACUAUACUAACUCAGAGCGUGUGCAUGGCACCCAGUCAAAUGAUAUUGCCAAAAAUACCUAAAUCACUGACUGUUAUACCGCAGACGGUUUCAAAUCAGAUGGUUAUACCUUUCUCAACGAACCAAAUGAUCCCAACGCCUGCGAGUCAAGUUAUUGCAACUCCUCAAAUGAGUCAAGGCGACACCGAUCAGAGACCAUAACGAAACCUGAUAUUUGUGGUCGUAUAGUGACCACAAUUCGCGACUAAGCAGUAGACUGUUGUAAAAAGUAGAUUGACCCCUGUAGAUGACAGCCUCUAACAAAUUCUGUGAUUGUCCAAAGUGAGCAUAGACGAUAUGAAAAAGAUAGACGAAAUUUGCAAAACAAAUAUCUUUUUUUUACACAUAUUAAUGUUUGUUUAUUAAAAUGAAUAGUUUUCAGGUAACUUUGAUAAUUGAUCUACCUAUCUAUACUUAUAAUAUAAUGAAUGAUUUUUUUGUUCACACAAACCUGUUAAUUUAAUAGUGAUAAAAAAAUAAACCAAUUUAAUAGUGACCAAAAAAUUGCUGAUUUUCGGUUUUUCUAAAACUAAAUAUUUUAGUCAAUCGGCGAAGACUACGGGAGAUUAGUUUUAAAAAUUAGAUAGAAAUAAUGCUAAAGACUUGCAUCUAAUUUUGAUAGUCCAUUGAAAUUUCAAGUGUCAAGUUUUGAUGAUUGACAAGUUGUUGUUACUAUUGAAUACACAAAUUUUCAUUUAUGAUAUAAAAUUAUAGAUCCAUGGCAUGUAUAAUUAAAUAAAACCUCUUUGUCUGAUGCUGUCUGUGCCGCAGAUAAAAAUUUGUAAAAUUGUGCUUUUGUCUAUCUUUCUCGUUUAGUCUGAGCCAAUGAAAAAUUUGUGUACCAUUAAAAAAAUGGUAUAGUGUUGGAACUGAAACAGUGGUACGUACGGUCGCGAGUGACUCCUAAAUUAUUAACAAAAUAUAGCGUAUUUUCGUAAAUAGUGUUUAAAACUGUGAAUGCCUCAAAAGUGUUUUUUUUUUUCGUAUCGGAGGCGCAGCAAUAUGUAAGUGAGAACACCAGAGAGCCUUAAAAGUGUAAAUAUUAGUGGUAAGAAUGUUGGAUUUUCGAGCUGUGAAUAUUUGGUGGCGAAAAAUCAUGUUUAAAAUAUUAUUAUUAUUAACUUUUAUGUAUCAAGCGUCAAGAGUUAACAAUGAAGUUGUUACAUUUGUUACACUAAACAGUUAAAAAUAUUGUCACAUUUUCGUUUAUAUCAUAAAAAUGUGACAGCAAUAUAUAUUUAAACAUUCUAUUUCAUAGUAACACCAAAUGUACAUUUUGUAUAAUUAUAAUCCAUUGUAUACACUUUUAUAACCUGUAUGCAGUGAAAUGGCAUUUAUAUUCUUAUUGUUAACUCUUGAAAGUUAAUUUUGAUUGACCGAACAUUGGAAACUAUAGCUUAAGCUUGCUACAAAUCAAAUACUUUUUUAAUUUGCACCAAUUAAAGUUAAUCAAGCAAUUGCAAAUGUUUCAUUACAUGUUACUGAAAAUAAGUAAAAUAAAAAACAUAUAUGGUCAACAUCGAGAAACCACCUCCGUUUUUUAAAUCAUUUAAAAAACGCAUAUAUAUCUAAAUUAUUUUAACAUGUCACAUUUUGACAAUACGUCAAUCCAUGAAUGCAAGAUGCCUUUUACAGUAAAUUUUAUAGUGACGCCCAUUGACAGAAAAGUGAAUAGACAGAUAGAAAGCAUCUCGCAUCGGCUCUGAUUAGAGAACAACAGUUACACGCAGAUUGUGAAAUAUUACUAUUUCUUAAUUUUUUUUUUUCUAGGCUUUUAUUAAAAAGAUAGGUAUAAAAACAGAGCAUAAAUUUACGACUUCAAUUAAUUGCAAAUUAUAAAUGAACUUUUAUGUAUCAAGCAUCAUUUGUUAAAAUCAUUAUCUUGUUAUACCAACACACUUUUUAACGGCCUCCGUGGCGCUGUGGUAUGCGCGGUGGAUAUACAAAACGGAGGUCCUGGGUUCGAUCCCCGGCUGGGCUGAUUGAGAUUUUCUUAAUUGGUCUAGUCUGGUUGGUGGGAGGCUUUGGCCGCGGUUAGUUACCACCCUACCGGCAAAGACGUAGCGCCAAGCGAUUUAGUGUUCCUAAUUUGUUAGGAGUGUGGAUUUUCAUCCUUCUCCUAAAAAAUUAGCCCGCUUAGGACUGCAUCAUCACUUACCAUCAUGUGAGAUUGUAGACAAGGGCUAAUUUGUAAAUAAUAAUAAUAAAAAAAAACACCAUUUGUCUAUGUACUUCUCUGUCUACGGCGACAGCACUCACUUACAAAAUAUAAUUAUACUUGAGCAAUUGUUUUCAAUGUACGGUCAAAUUUUAUUUGUAUUAUUGUAGGAGUUAUAAAGCAGUGUUAUUGUGCAAGUGAUAUGCAGGCUGACUCUUCAUCGCUUUAUUUAUUGAAUUGUAUUUAAGUAUUUAUUCUCAUUUUUCAACUACAGCGUUGAAAAAAAACAUUAAAUCUCAACAACACAUGGCAAUUUUUUUUUUAUUUUUUCACCACCUCUUUUUUCAAAAUUUUAAAAUGUAUAAUACCAAUCUAUUUUGGUAAGUCUGUUUGACUUUUUUUUUUUCUUUAAUUUUUACCGUAUCUUUUAAAUAUGACCAAUAUUCCCCUCCAAUUAGUCAAAAAAUACUGUUAGGAGUGGGUACGAUAAUAGUCCAAAGGGCGAGGAUCGAACCAUGGUCUUGUGGUUAUAGGUCUGAUCCCUUUAUCGUUGAGCUAUUGUCGUUUUCGUUUUUUAGUUUGUACUGUAGUGGUAAGAUGGAGGAAACUAUACUCAGAGGCACAAUUAUCCUCCCACUUUAAUAUUAAAGUGGGCGGAUAAUUGUGCCUCUGACUAUAGUUUGUGUGUAUAAAGUAAAAGAUUGUUUUGUCAAUGAACGUUCUGCUCACUUUUACAUACAGACAUAUGUCAAAUGCUUGUCUGUGCACCUUGCUUAUACUAUGUGCGCUGAAGCAUGGUGCGCGUGACAGUUGCCUUAUGACAUUCAUAAUACAUUCUUUUAUCGUGAAUCGCAAACUUUCAAGAGUGAAACGAACUGUCACUCGCGCCAUGCUACAGCGCACGAGCUGUAAACAUCAAAAGCCAAACAGACUUCCAUAGAGAAACUAUACCAAAAAUUAAAACUUAAAAUUGAAUCAUAUAUAAUUUAUAUUUACAACUAAAAUUACAUUUACAUUCUUUUAAAUGCAAUUAAUUAUUAUUAUAACAACAUUCGAAAUUCUCUAGUCAGGUAUAAAAAAACAUGCAUUUAUAAUUUAUUUAUCGCAAAAAUUGCCUCAUAUCAUUUGCAUGAUGGGUAGAAAAUUAAUUUAAAUUAACUACAUAUAAAAAGAGCUUAAGUGAUUAUAUUUUAUUGAGUUACCAACAUAUUGAUUUGAUAAAUUGAAUUUUACUCAUUAAUUAUUUAUAUGUAUGAAAUCAAACUAAUGAAGUCCAAAAUGUAGGUCAAAUUUUGACUCACGUCUUUCUACCAGAGCUUUGACAUCGUUUCUCGUGAAGAAUUUAAUUGAUUUAUUUCACUUUUUACUCGUACGAUGAUUUUUGAUUGAAUUGUAUGCAUAUUCUAAAAAGUAUAUUUAAAACAAUAUAACCAAAAGCGGCGCAACGGUAAAUAUCGCCAUCUCUUUCAUUGGGUUGGGACGAAAAGGACAUAAUUUGUCUAUUUGUCAACAUUAGAUAUUUCGUUGGUCGCAUGCUAUACAAGAGUAUACACACGAAUAUUGUCAAGGCGCCGGUUUUUUUUAUUUAUUUAUUUUAGUUGAUUAACAAUAAAGUAAAUUAAUUUAAGAAAUACAGCUCUCAUACUGAAUAAAGUAUAAUCACUUAAUUUGCGCUCGAAAAAAAAUGUAUAAAGUAUGUGGUAAUUAUUAGUAUCAAAAUCGUUGAAGCAUAUUUUUCCAUUGUAAUAUUUAGCGUUUCAUAGAAACUAAUUCACACAUAUAUGUAUUGUAGUCAAAGAGACAGUGACCUAAAUUGGUUAACUUUGAUGGAAGUUUUAAAAGCACAAGAGUAAUGACUUUUGGCUUUUAUGAAAUACGUCACCCAAUUUAAUUGAUGGUCUCUUACACUAUUUUGGAUAGUGUACACUAAACUUACCAAUAAAAAUCGGACAAUAGACAAUAUUUAAAAAAAAAACAUACAUCAUUAUACUUGAAAAUGUGAGAAUUGUGUGAUACUCUGAGGUUAAAAAUUCAAAUAGACUCAUUAAUUCAUAAGAAAAUGUUUAAGAGCCAGUGGUAAAUUUACCCGAAUAUGGAAAUCUAUAUCAGAAAUGGAGAGCAAAGUACUUUUUUUGGUAAACUUUGUUACCACAGGCUCUUGCGCUAAAAGUUUUAUCGCUUAAAAUUGUAUUGGAACAAACAAAUAUAUAAAUAAUGAUAUAGCGACCAAUUAAAUGUGCGAAUGUAUUGCAUAAGUGUAUUUUCCAAAAUGAAAACUAGGAUUUAUUUCAAAUAAGUGUAAAUAAUAAAUAUGUGACGAAUACUAAAAUAAUAAUUCGAUGCAUUGGUGUAGAAAAACGAAGACUAUUGAGUACUUUCGAUGUUGUAACGAACGUUACAUACUUACUAAAUUCUAAUAUCUUCUGAUCAGGGGCGUAUCUACCGCCGUAUCAGCCGUAUCAAUGAUAAGGGGCCCCUUAGGUGUAAAUGAAAAAAUUGUUAAAAGAGAUUGUCCAUUUUAGGUCCACUCUUGUAACCCGUAUCAUUAAAAUUUAAAAAAUACAAGUAUUUUAUUAAAAUCUAAGUAAGUGAAUAAAUGUAACUAAAUAAAAAUAAUUAAAUGAAAUUAAAACCCAAGUUUUCGAGUAAUAUUAAAGAUUGCGCCCUUAAAGCAACUAUGACAUGACAUUGACAGCAAACGUCAAAUCGACUAAUGCAUUGAAAACGUCAUCAAGCCACCUUAAUACCCAUAUUAGUGUUGCAUUUCUUGGAAUAGAAUGAAUAUUUUCGAAAGAAUUAAAGUAAAUUCAUAGAUUUGUAUAAUCAGAAAGAGUAAAAAAAAAAAUUUUUUUUAUUUCCGCCAGGGUACAAUGACUGAUCCUAGGCUCAAUACAAUUUUGGACCAUCUUUAAUCCACAAUCUCACUUAAUUUCUUGCUGGAAACAUCCUACAUAGGUUAUAUCAUUGUCAUAUUUUAAGCGAGCAUUUUUAUUUCUUCUGUGAAAAAUCUUUACCCUUCAUCAAUUGGGCCCCCCCCCCCCCAACUAAUUUUGAUACGGGGCCCCUGCCAAGGCAGGCUACGCCACUGCUUCUGAUUGUAGUAUCAUAUUUUUACAGAAUAAAAUAUACUAAUUAUGUCCAUGUGUCUCCCUUAAACUCUUUCAUAUUCUUGAAUCCUCUAAUAUUCAAUGCCACCAAGAUAAAGGAAUUGUAUGUGACUGUCAAAUAAAAAAAAAUCCCAUAUAUGGCGCGUUAUACAUGUAGACUAUUCUGAUUGUGUUCUAUAUCUUGGGUUUUUGUACACCAGUGACACGGAAUUUCUAAAUAACGAGUGAUUCAGUGCCUAGAGCUCCCUGUAAUAGUACGAAUGUAUGUCACAGUGCACGUUUGUAAAUAAAACACAAUACUCUAAGAGCCAGUAACCUGUUCGAUCGAAGUGUUUAUACGUUGUCUCAAUCUAAUAUAAGUUGUCGCUUAGUUGAAACACUUCGACGGAAACGUCGGCUUACUCUUAGACUAUGGAGAAAUCCAAUUUUAUAUUUGGUAAAUAAAGCUCAUGGUUGAGAAUUGUAAGUUGAACAUAUAUCUAUUGUUGACAAUUACUAGUAUUUUAUUUUUGGUCAAAUAUCUUAAGAUACGGUCCAAUGUUAAUCGAAAUGUAUAUACAGUUAAUUAAGCGUAUUAAGGCGAAGCUUCUCGACAUGAAAAAAGCUGUUCCAAAUUUGAGACAUUUUUAUUUAGACAACGAAAUAAAUACUGAAUUUUCUAAUGAUUUGAAAUAUCCACUUAUAUAUUUAGCGAGUUAACAGCGAAUCAAUAAAAUUGUUUUUUUUAUUAAAUUAAAUUUGUAGUUUUCUUGGUUAUAUUGUAAAUUAAUUUAUAUUAUUAAUUUGUAUAGCCAUUCAGUCCAAAUUGUGUUAAACCUCAAAUAUCUUACACAAAAAGAACAGGGAUAUGUAAAUAGUUACUAAAAACAAAGUUAAUUAAACAAGAGUAGAAACUAUUUUUAUAAAUUUAAAACUUGUAAAUAUGUAUAUUAUGUUUAAUGUGAAACCCAAUCCCUGGUAUGUAAUCUUAUAAUAUACACAAUUAGAAAAUAGCUUCAUUACAUUUCAACCCCUCUGGCUUAAGAUAAUAAUUUGUUAACUUUGCUAAAUGUCAUUUUACGACAUUGGAUUAUUUGUAAAAUAAGACUUUCAAGUUAAUAUGUUGUAGUUAACCUACUGGUAUAAACUUUCAUUACAAAUAGUUCCGGAAUCGGAGUGUUAUUAUUACCGUAAAAAAAUGUUAAUUUUGAUUGGAAGAAUCUCAAAAUAUGGUAUUUCCAUUCAUAACAUGGACUUUCUUCGUAAACAAGCGGAUUUUUUUUUACACUGUAGGAUAUUGUAGAAAUUAAGUAAAAGUAUGUUUAACACAAAUAUACAUGUGUAUAUGUGAUAAAAAAGCAAUCAUAUAUUUUAGUUUAUCUUUUUGAACCUUUGUGAAUAUGAAUUGUAAUUUAAAAAGUUAGUGCUUGUAAAAUUUAGAAAAUAGUUAAGUACUUAAGAUUAUUCCAAUUUUUUUGUUGUCACAUUCUUAAAGGUCCCUGACCAAAUCUGACCAAACAAGUUUAUGGACUAAAAUAUUCUUUCAUGUAUUUACAUCAUGACGAAUAUUUUGUAAAGAUAUGGUUUUUUAAUGGUCAGGAUCAGCUGAUAAAUGUUAAAAGGGUCACUCGACACGAAAAAAUUAGCUUUUUAGAUCAAAUACGAAAUGAAGUAUUGUUUUUGACUCUAUAGUAUAUACAUCAAGAAGCAUUCGCCUUAAUACGCAAACUUUGUUAUAUAAAUAAUAUUUUAACGCCGCCUUACUUUGCUUAACAUACAUAUAAUCGCCAUUUUAAGCGUCCCAGCUACACGCAUACGUAUAAAAUGACGAUUAUGAUAUAUACAUUGAAGCGACGUAGACGGUGGAUUAGUUUUGGAGUUUUCCACAAUUGUUUUUUUUUUUAAUUUCCUGUAUCUCGCAAGUUACGAACAAACACAUAUAUGGCCUCAUAGCCCGGAUGUUUUAGUUUCUUCCAAAGAUAGUGUGUUAUAUAGUUUACAUUAUAUUAGUUUUGGCGUUCGGCACCAGUUGGCGCCACGUGCCCGAGGUAUGACUUUGUCUAAUAAACAUAUCCUGUCCUUAACUGUGUUUUUUUAAUGUAUAAUCCUGGAAUUAUGUUAACACUACCCUACCAUACCCCUACUCAACCCUACCCCCAGUAUGCUAUGUAGCUGAGCUAUGAGUAUAUAUUCGUCUCAAACAGCGAAGGAAAAAAGUGUAGGUAUUUAAAAAAUAGAUAAUAUUUUUAGAAUGUAAUAUAUCAUAGGGAUGUGCCUAAUUUCAUUUCUUAAAAUGCACACAACUGAAAAGUUGGAGGUCAAGGACUGGAUUCGAACCUACACCCUCCGGAAUCGGAGGCAUAGAUCAUAUCCACUGGGCUAUCACGGUGGUAAAAAAUUAAAUAUCACGUGUCUCAAUCGUUGAAGGAAAACAUCGUAAGGAAACCUGCAUACUAGAGAAUGUUCUUAAAUCUCUGUGUGUGUGAAGUCUGCCAAUUGGCAUUGGGCCAGCGUGGUGGAAUAUUGGCCUAACCCCUCUCAUUCUGAGAGGAGACUCAAGCUCAGCAGUGAGCCCAAUAUGGGUUGAAAUGAUGAUGAUGUUGCCUAAUUUAAGCCAAGAAUGGAUGGACCCAAUAGGAAAGGAAGUUAAAGUUAAGGAGUUAUGGAAAAUGGGAAACAAAUAAAAAACAAUGAUUUUUAUUAAUUUUUGUUUAUGUGUAGGUACUUAGUUAAUAAUUCGAGUGACUUAUUUGGUAUAUAUUUAAAUACAAAUUAUAACAAUUAUAGGCAGGUAAAAUAAAGUAAUUGAGACGUAGCGUGUAUGAUCAAAACGAGUCGACUUUGAGACGUAUGGUUGCACAGACAGAAACAUCCCACAGUCAUAAAGAAUGGUCCAUGGCCACCCUAGGAUACUGGGCUACCGAUUUGAAAUCUUAUGAUGGACGCGGAAAUACUAAUAAUUUUACACCAAAUAUCAUUUAAAAUAUAACCAUUACAAAUUAUAAUAAAGAAAAACCUAUAAUAAAUAUUUGAAAAAUAUAUUAAGAUCUUUUCGGAUACCUACCCUAGUUAAAAAAUAAUAAAAUAAGUCGAGUCAUAUCAGAGUUCUGCGUCCACAAAUAUUGUUAACAACAUUUUUAUAUUGAUUGUCGACUCUGUUCAGUAUUAUGAAACUAAUCCUAGAUACGCCAAUGCCUCCAGUUUGCCGUUUACAGAGUCAGAGCGGACUUGAAGUAGUUUUACGCACACAACGUUGGGUACACAGGGUAUGCGCAGUUGUAAAACGUACGUUUUACGUUUUACAACUGCGCUACCCUCCCCACCCCCUCUUUGUUUCAUUGUUACUACAUUGGUGUAGACGUAUAGACUCCUACAAGAAAGAUGAACCAAAAUGACGGUUGUCUGCACAGGUACAAUCAUAAACAAAAGUGCGAGACGCGUGUGCCCGGUACAUUAAAUAUAUGAAAUAAUUGAAAAGGCCCCCUUUUCAGGACGAUACAGCAAUGAAAAACUUAUGUAUGAAUGUAUAAUUUGGGCCCGAGUUUAUAUGGAGACUAGGUGACUCCAUUCGAACGCAAUUUUACUCUUGAUAGUUUGGCGCGUUUCAUGAUAAUAGUACCUACGUAUUAUGAACGUCAUACGACAUGCUAACGCACGAACUUAGGUAACAUUCAGGAUUCACGAAUUUCGUAUUUGAUAAAGCUGCCACAUUUAGAAAGUUUAUUGUUAAAUAUUAAUAAAGUAAUUUAAUUACUUUUUAAAGUUGGAAUAUUUUUAACAUAAAUUUAAUUCUUUUUCUUCGUGUGUUUCGAAGCUCCCUUGGUUCGUUUCCACUUCAUUCUUCUGUUUUGAAACCAUACUUUUACCUGAAAAACAAGUAAUAUUAGUUUUUUUUUUAUAGUAGAUAGGGUAUCCAUCUAAUAAUGAGGUAUACUUUUCUUUCGAAAGUCACAUUUCUUUUAAAUUAGGUAGUGGGUUGGUUAAUUUCAAUUUUAACCUUUAUUACCUGGAAUUGGGUCAGUAGUUUUUGAGAAAAUUGCGGACAUUCAAACAUAACUUUACGCUAUGACGUCAUAGCCCAGUGGAUAUGACCUCUGUCUCCGCCACUGCUUCUGAUUGUAGUAUCAUAUUUUUACAGAAUAAAAUAUACUAAUGGGGAUGAUGACUAGGUUUGAAUAUAUUGAUUUUUAUGAUACAUUCGGGUAAAUAGGGUCAGUGUUAACUAAUUUAUACAUAAAAAGCAAAGAUUGUCUGGAUAUUUGCAAAAUAAAUGAGAUUAUAAAAUUUCAAAAACUACUAAAAUUUUUUUAUCGUAAUUAGAUGAAAAUUCAUACAGUUUUAGCUUCCUUACAUUAAAUGUGACAUUUUUUAAUAUAUGAACUAUAAAGAUAAACGCACAAAUAACAAAGAUAUUAGUAAUUUUGUUUGAACGCGCAUACAAAUCUAACGAUCAUUACAUUGCCUAUGAUGUCAUUUUUUCGAGCCAUUUUGUAUGGGGCGUUUUUCAGGGAUCCGCGGCAGCGCCGCAAAUCUGACCCUUUAAAUCCCUGUAGCUCCGAAAGUAAUGAUCGCAGAUACCCUGUUCCUUUUACAAAAUUGCUUUACUAUUAGUAUACUCUUAAUUUAUACACAAUUUAAAAAACUGUCAUCAUCCCUAUUAUGUCCAUGUGUCUCCCUUAAACUCUUUCAUAUUCUUGAAUCCUCUAAUAUUCAAUGCCACCAAGAUAAAGGAAUUGUAUGUGACUGUCAAAUAAAAAAAAAUCCCAUAUAUGGCGCGUUAUACAUGUAGACUAUUCUGAUUGUGUUCUAUAUCUUGGGUUUUUGUACACCAGUGACACGGAAUUUCUAAAUAACGAGUGAUUCAGUGCCUAGAGCUCCCUGUAAUAGUACGAAUGUAUGUCACAGUGCACGUUUGUAAAUAAAACACAAUACUCUAAGAGCCAGUAACCUGUUCGAUCGAAGUGUUUAUACGUUGUCUCAAUCUAAUAUAAGUUGUCGCUUAGUUGAAACACUUCGACGGAAACGUCGGCUUACUCUUAGACUAUGGAGAAAUCCAAUUUUAUAUUUGGUAAAUAAAGCUCAUGGUUGAGAAUUGUAAGUUGAACAUAUAUCUAUUGUUGACAAUUACUAGUAUUUUAUUUUUGGUCAAAUAUCUUAAGAUACGGUCCAAUGUUAAUCGAAAUGUAUAUACAGUUAAUUAAGCGUAUUAAGGCGAAGCUUCUCGACAUGAAAAAAGCUGUUCCAAAUUUGAGACAUUUUUAUUUAGAAAAUAUUUAGACAACGAAAUAAAUACUGAAUUUUCUAAUGAUUUGAAAUAUCCACUUAUAUAUUUUGCGAGUUAACAGCGAAUCAAUAAAAUUGUUUUUUUUAUUAAAUUAAAUUUGUAGUUUUCUUGGUUAUAUUGUAAAUUAAUUUAUAUUAUUAAUUUGUAUAGCCAUUCAGUCCAAAUUGUGUUAAACCUCAAAUAUCUUACACAAAAAGAACAGGGAUAUGUAAAUAGUUACUAAAAACAAAGUUAAUUAAACAAGAGUAGAAACUAUUUUUAUAAAUUUAAAACUUGUAAAUAUGUAUAUGUUUAAUGUGAAACCCAAUCCCUGGUAUGUAAUCUUAUAAUAUACACAAUUAGAAAAUAGGUUUUUAACAUUUCAACCCCUCUGGCUUAAGAUAAUAAUUUGUUAACUUUGCUAAAUGUCAUUUUACGACAUUGGAUUAUUUGUAAAAUAAGACUUUCAAUUUAAUAUGUUGUAGUUAACCUACUCGUAUAAACUUUCAUUACAAAUUGUUCCGGAAUCGUAGUGUUAUUAUUACCGUAAAAAAUGUUAAUUUUGAUUGGAAGAAUCUCAAAAUAUGGUAUUUCCAUUCACAACAUGGACUUUUUUUGUAACUAAGCGGAUUUUUUUAUUACACUGUAGGAUAUUGUAUGAAAUUAAGCAAAAGUAUAUUUAACACAAAUAUACAUGUGUAUAUGUGAUAAAAAAGCAAUCAUAUAUUUUAGUUUAUCUUUUUGAACCUUUGUGAAUAUUAAUUGUAAUUUAAAAAGUUAGUGCUUGUAAAAUUUAGAAAAUAGUUAAGUACUUAAGAUUAUUCCAAUUUUUUUGUUGUCACAUUCUUAAAGGUCCCUGACCAAAUCUGACCAAACAAGUUUAUGGACUAAAAUAUUCUUUCAUGUAUUUACUAUACAUUAUGACGAAUAUUUUGUAAAGAUAUGGUUUUUUUAAUGGUCAGGAUCAGCUGAUAAAUGUUAAAAGGGUCACUUGACACGAAAAAAUUAGCUUUUUAGAUCAAAUACGAAAUGAAGUAUUGUUUUUGUCUGUAUGAUACAUACAUCUAGAAGCGUUCGCCUUAAUACGCAAACAUUGUUAUAUAAAUAAUAUUUUAACGCCGCCUUACUUUGCUUAACAUACAUAUAGUCGCCAUUUUAAGCGUCCCAGCUACACGCAGACGUAUAAAAUGACGAUUAUGAUAUAUACAUUGAAGCGACGUAGACGGUGGAUUAGUUUUGGAGUUUUCCACAAUUGUUUUUUUUUUUAAUUUCCUGUAUCUCGCAAGUUACGAACAAACACAUAUAUGGCCUCAUAGCCCGGAUGUUUUAGUUUCUUCCAAAGAUAGUGUGUUAUAUAGUUUACAUUAUAUUAGUUUUGGCGUUCGGCACCAGUUGGCGCCACGUGCCCGAGGUAUGACUUUGUCUAAUAAACAUAUCCUGUCCUUAA